AGAGUUUAGUCUGUAUGUCCCCUGGGGAGAUGCACACAGCCAAUGCCUGGGUUUCCAUAAACACCGAAGAGCGUUUCUGCUAGGCAGCUGCCAGGAUCACCGGAGCAAAGCCUAAAAUAUAAAGUUUAAUUCCAGUUUAAAAGUCAGCUCGGCAGCAGUUGUGCUCCACAUCCCUAGCUUUGAAUAGAGACGUUAGAUAAGUAUCGAUUUGAUGAUGACAAACUGAAGACAAACUGAACAGAGAUCCUCCGGUAGAAUUAAAAAAGAAAAAAAAUGACGGCGGAGGCAGCUAAGGAACUCGACGAGCUAUGUUUCCUGUCAGCGCAGUCCCUGCCCAGUCUGAAGGUGUCGAAGCACUUCCAGGUGCUGAAACUCCUGGGAGAGGGAUCGUAUGGAAAGGUCAUGCUGGCCCUGCACAGGAAAAGAGGAACUCCCAUGGCUCUGAAGUUCUUCCCUCGGAAGUCCACCGCGCUCACCUCUUUCCUGCGGGAGUACAACCUCUCCCUCCUUUACUGCACCCAUCCGUCUCUGACGAGGGCCCUCGGCAUCUUCUUCUCCACGCCGUCCUACUAUGUUUUCGCCCAGCAAGCCUGUCUGUACGGGGAUCUCUACAGCGUUGUCGUAUCGGAGGUCGGGGUAAAUGAGGACUGCGUCCAGCGGGUGAUGUCCCAGCUGAGCGGCGCCGUCACUCACCUCCACUCCCUGGGCUUCGUCCACCGCGACAUCAAGCCCGAGAACAUCUUCCUGUGUGACAGCUCCUGUCGAUGGGUCAAACUGGGCGACUUCGGCCUCACCCGGGCUGUCGGCACCACGGUCCGAGGCGUGUGGUACGAAUCUCCCUUCUGCACCCCUGAGGUGGAGCCUGCCAAGAAGGCCGAGAAAGAGAUGGAGAGGAGGCUGAAGGAGGGGAUCGAGGACGAGGAGGGCAUGGAGGAGAUUGAGGACAUCUGGAUAAGCGUGCAGCCCAGUAUUGACAGCUGGGCCCUCGGUGUGCUCAUCUACUGCCUGCUGACCGGCUGCUUCCCCUGGGAGGAGAGCACGCACGAUGCGCCCGGCUACCGUAAAUUCAAGCAGUGGUUUGACCGUGAGGCAGAAAAGGAGGACAAAACGGGACAUGUUGAGGAGGAGGUUGACAGUUACCGAAUCAUGGAGCAAAAGCAAAGGAGCAACCCUCCUCCCUCACAGUUCGAGGGCCUCAGCCCGCUAGUGAUGACUCUUUUGAAGGAGCUCCUUCACCCUGAUCCCAAACACAGAGCGAGCCCGGAGGAGAUCCUGAGCUACCUGGGAGGGCCGUGGCUCAUGGAGACAGCAAGAGAGGAGCAGAGGAGGGAAGAGGAGGCUGCUAAGGAGGCCAAGAAAGUAAGAAAAAGAGGAGGAGUGGAGGAGGAGCUGCUCAGAGAAGGAAGAGGAGAGAGAUGAGCUUCAGAUUCUGUUUUGUAGAUAGUUCAAAGGAAUAAGGUGCUGCUUUUUACAUACAUGUCUGUAAAUAUCCUUCACUGAGGUUUCACUUUUAAUGUUUUAUGUAUAUAUCGGAGUGUUUUUGAUUGUCCUGAUGAAUUAAUUACAUAAGAAGAAUGUAAGAUCUGAACAGGUCCUUUGUCUUGCUUACAAACGCCUCUGGUGAAACUGUUUUAAUAAAAUAAUCCUACGUGAA